AUGUGCCUCUCUCUCAUCGGCCCCCACCAGCUGGGUCUGCUCAUCGGCCGCUCCAGCAUUGCUUCUCAAUCGACCUCCUCCUCCUCCUCCUCCUCCUCUUCCGCCGCCGCCGCAUCCGGCGCCUCCCGCGAAAUCCUCUUCGCGCUCGUGCCGACGCCCGAAGCGCCAGGAGCGGCGGCGCCAGUUGCGGGCAGCAGAGAGAGGAGAGCAUCGGAUGCGAGAGAGUGGCGGCAUGUGGACGGCGACUGGGUGGCGGAACACGCGCUGCAGGUGAGCUGGUUACCAUGUGAGCUGGUUACCAUGUCUUUCCGAGGCACAGAACUUAUCCUUCAAGUGAAGCGUCCUCACUUUGUCCCUGUGAUCAUUAUCUUUCUGCCUCCCCUCCCCUUCCCCUAUUCUCUCCCCGAUCCCUCCUCCGCUCGCCAUGACUCGCCUUCUCCAGACCCUCCCUGGUCUCAAGUUCUCAACUUCCAUCUCCUGCUCCUCCUAGCUGCCAUGCAAUCCCUCACAUCCGCUGUGUCGCGGCUGCUCCUGGGAGGCAUGGGCGUGCUGGGGAUGCACGCCUUGCAUUGCACAUGUGCCGCCUGCGAUCCCUUGCUCGUGUCACGGCUGUUGCUGGGAGGCAUGGGCGCACUGGGGGUAUACGCCUUCUGCUCCUCUUGCCCUGCAUCACCUCACCUAUCUCUCCCUCGCUCGCCCUUCACCGCCGAUCUCUCUCCUUCCCAUCCCCCCCUUGUGGCAGGUGGCACGGCUGCUGUUAGGUGGCAUGGGCGUGUUGGGGAUGUGUCGCGGCUGUUGCUGGGAGGCAUGGGCGUGCUGGGGGUGUACGCCUUCUGCUCCGAUGCCGCCUAUAGCAACGCCGCACCCUCCUUGCUGCAGGCCCUGCGCUCGCUUGCAGCCUCACUAUCUCCGCCCGUCUCGCUCGCUGCCCUGCUCCCCCCUCCCCCCACCGACCUCAUUCUGCUGCACAUCUCCUCCUUCUCCCGCCGCUUCUCAGCACGAUCUGUCGCCACGUCAUCUGCUGCCACGUCAGCUGCCAUGUCACCGUGCGACUUCAAGCUCGCUACCAUCCCCUCUCCAAUCCUCGUCUCCUCAACGUUCUCCCUGCAUACUCAGUACGCCUCUCCCUGCAUACUCAGUACGCCUCUCCCUGCAUACUCAGUACGCCUCUCCCUCCAUACUCAGUACGCCUCUCCCUCCAUACUCAGUACGCCUCUCCCUGCAUACUCAGUACGCCUCUCCCUGCAUACUCAGUACGCCUCUCCCUCCAUACUCAGUACGCCUCUCCCUCCAUACUCAGUACGCCUCUCCCUGCAUACUCAGUACGCCUCUCCCUCCAUACUCAGUACGCCUCUCCCUCCAUACUCAGUACGCCUCUCCCUGCAUACUCAGUACGCCUCUCCCUGCAUACUCAGUACGCCUCUCCCUCCAUACUCAGUACGCCUCUCCCUCCAUACUCAGUACGCCUCUCCCUGCAUACUCAGUACGCCUCUCCCUCCAUACUCAGUACGCCUCUCCCUGCAUACUCAGUACGCCUCUCCCUGCAUACUCAGUACGCCUCUCCCUCCAUACUCAGUACGCCUCUCCCUCCAUACUCAGUACGCCUCUCCCUCCAUACUCAGUACGCCUCUCCCUGCAUACUCAGUACGCCUCUCCCUCCAUACUCAGUACGCCUCUCCCUGCAUACUCAGUACGCCUCUCCCUCCAUACUCAGUACGCCUCUCCCUCCAUACUCAGUACGCCUCUCCCUCCAUACUCAGUACGCCUCUCCCUCCAUACUCAGUACGCCUCUCCCUCCAUACUCAGUACGCCUCUCCCUCCAUACUCAGUACGCCUCUCCCUCCAUACUCAGUACGCCUCUCCCUGCAUACUCAGUACGCCUCUCCCUCCAUACUCAGUACGCCUCUCCCUGCAUACUCAGUACGCCUCUCCCUGCAUACUCAGUACGCCUCUCCCUCCAUACUCAGUACGCCUCUCCCUGCAUACUCAGUACGCCUCUCCCUGCAUACUCAGUACGCCUCUCCCUCCAUACUCAGUACGCCUCUCCCUGCAUACUCAGUACGCCUCUCCCUGCAUACUCAGUACGCCUCUCCCUGCAUACUCAGUACGCCUCUCCCUCCAUACUCAGUACGCCUCUCCCUGCAUACUCAGUACGCCUCUCCCUGCAUACUCAGUACGCCUCUCCCUGCAUACUCAGUACGCCUCUCCCUCCAUACUCAGUACGCCUCUCCCUGCAUACUCAGUACGCCUCUCCCACCAUACUCAGUACGCCUCUCCCUGCAUACUCAGUACGCCUCUCCCUGCAUACUCAGUACGCCUCUCCCUGCAUACUCAGUACGCCUCUCCCUCCAUACUCAGUACGCCUCUCCCUGCAUACUCAGUACGCCUCUCCCUGCAUACUCAGUACGCCUCUCCCUGCAUACUCAGUACGCCUCUCCCUCCAUACUCAGUACGCCUCUCCCUGCAUACUCAGUACGCCUCUCCCUGCAUACUCAGUACGCCUCUCCCUCCAUACUCAGUACGCCUCUCCCUCCAUACUCAGUACGCCUCUCCCUGCAUACUCAGUACGCCUCUCCCUCCAUACUCAGUACGCCUCUCCCUGCAUACUCAGUACGCCUCUCCCUGCUUACUCAGUACGCCUCUCCCUCCAUACUCAGUACGCCUCUCCCUCCAUACUCAGUACGCCUCUCCCUCCAUACUCAGUACGCCUCUCCCUCCAUACUCAGUACGCCUCUCCCUCCAUACUCAGUACGCCUCUCCCUCCAUACUCAGUACGCCUCUCCCUCCAUACUCAGUACGCCUCUCCCUCCAUACUCAGUACGCCUCUCCCUCCAUACUCAGUACGCCUCUCCCUCCAUACUCAGUACGCCUCUCCCUCCAUACUCAGUACGCCUCUCCCUGCAUACUCAGUACGCCUCUCCCUCCAUACUCAGUACGCCUCUCCCUCCAUACUCAGUACGCCUCUCCCUGCAUACUCAGUACGCCUCUCCCUGCAUACUCAGUACGCCUCUCCCUCCAUACUCAGUACGCCUCUCCCUCCAUACUCAGUACGCCUCUCCCUGCAUACUCAGUACGCCUCUCCCUCCAUACUCAGUACGCCUCUCCCUGCAUACUCAGUACGCCUCUCCCUGCUUACUCAGUACGCCUCUCCCUCCAUACUCAGUACGCCUCUCCCUCCAUACUCAGUACGCCUCUCCCUCCAUACUCAGUACGCCUCUCCCUGCAUACUCAGUACGCCUCUCCCUCCAUACUCAGUACGCCUCUCCCUGCAUACUCAGUACGCCUCUCCCUCCAUACUCAGUACGCCUCUCCCUCCAUACUCAGUACGCCUCUCCCUCCAUACUCAGUACGCCUCUCCCUCCAUACUCAGUACGCCUCUCCCUCCAUACUCAGUACGCCUCUCCCUCCAUACUCAGUACGCCUCUCCCUGCAUACUCAGUACGCCUCUCCCUGCAUACUCAGUACGCCUCUCCCUCCAUACUCAGUACGCCUCUCCCUCCAUACUCAGUACGCCUCUCCCUGCAUACUCAGUACGCCUCUCCCUGCAUACUCAGUACGCCUCUCCCUCCAUACUCAGUACGCCUCUCCCUGCAUACUCAGUACGCCUCUCCCUGCAUACUCAGUACGCCUCUCCCUCCAUACUCAGUACGCCUCUCCCUGCAUACUCAGUACGCCUCUCCCUCCAUACUCAAUACGCCUCUCCCUCCAUACUCAGUACGCCUCUCCCUGCAUACUCAGUACGCCUCUCCCUCCAUACUCAGUACGCCUCUCCCUGCAUACUCAGUACGCCUCUCCCUGCAUACUCAGUACGCCUCUCCCUGCAUACUCAGUACGCCUCUCCCUCCAUACUCAGUACGCCUCUCCCUCCAUACUCAGUACGCCUCUCCCUGCAUACUCAGUACGCCUCUCCCUCCAUACUCAGUACGCCUCUCCCUCCAUACUCAGUACGCCUCUCCCUGCAUACUCAGUACGCCUCUCCCUGCAUACUCAGUACGCCUCUCCCUCCAUACUCAGUACGCCUCUCCCUCCAUACUCAGUACGCCUCUCCCUGCAUACUCAGUACGCCUCUCCCUCCAUACUCAGUACGCCUCUCCCUGCAUACUCAGUACGCCUCUCCCUGCAUACUCAGUACGCCUCUCCCUCCAUACUCAGUACGCCUCUCCCUCCAUACUCAGUACGCCUCUCCCUCCAUACUCAGUACGCCUCUCCCUGCAUACUCAGUACGCCUCUCCCUCCAUACUCAGUACGCCUCUCCCUGCAUACUCAGUACGCCUCUCCCUGCAUACUCAGUACGCCUCUCCCUCCAUACUCAGUACGCCUCUCCCUCCAUACUCAGUACGCCUCUCCCUCCAUACUCAGUACGCCUCUCCCUCCAUACUCAGUACGCCUCUCCCUCCAUACUCAGUACGCCUCUCCCUCCAUACUCAGUACGCCUCUCCCUGCAUACUCAGUACGCCUCUCCCUCCAUACUCAGUACGCCUCUCCCUGCAUACUCAGUACGCCUCUCCCUGCAUACUCAGUACGCCUCUCCCUGCAUACUCAGUACGCCUCUCCCUCCAUACUCAGUACGCCUCUCCCUGCAUACUCAGUACGCCUCUCCCACCAUACUCAGUACGCCUCUCCCUCCAUACUCAGUACGCCUCUCCCUGCAUACUCAGUACGCCUCUCCCUGCAUACUCAGUACGCCUCUCCCUCCAUACUCAGUACGCCUCUCCCUGCAUACUCAGUACGCCUCUCCCUGCAUACUCAGUACGCCUCUCCCUGCAUACUCAGUACGCCUCUCCCUCCAUACUCAGUACGCCUCUCCCUGCAUACUCAGUACGCCUCUCCCUCCAUACUCAGUACGCCUCUCCCUGCAUACUCAGUACGCCUCUCCCUGCAUACUCAGUACGCCUCUCCCUGCAUACUCAGUACGCCUCUCCCUGCAUACUCAGUACGCCUCUCCCUCCAUACUCAGUACGCCUCUCCCUGCAUACUCAGUACGCCUCUCCCUGCAUACUCAGUACGCCUCUCCCUCCAUACUCAGUACGCCUCUCCCUGCAUACUCAGUACGCCUCUCCCUGCAUACUCAGUACGCCUCUCCCUGCAUACUCAGUACGCCUCUCCCUCCAUACUCAGUACGCCUCUCCCUGCAUACUCAGUACGCCUCUCCCUCCAUACUCAGUACGCCUCUCCCUCCAUACUCAGUACGCCUCUCCCUGCAUACUCAGUACGCCUCUCCCUGCAUACUCAGUACGCCUCUCCCUCCAUACUCAGUACGCCUCUCCCUGCAUACUCAGUACGCCUCUCCCUCCAUACUCAGUACGCCUCUCCCUCCAUACUCAGUACGCCUCUCCCUGCAUACUCAGUACGCCUCUCCCUCCAUACUCAGUACGCCUCUCCCUCCAUACUCAGUACGCCUCUCCCUGCAUACUCAGUACGCCUCUCCCUGCAUACUCAGUACGCCUCUCCCUCCAUACUCAGUACGCCUCUCCCUCCAUACUCAGUACGCCUCUCCCUCCAUACUCAGUACGCCUCUCCCUCCAUACUCAGUACGCCUCUCCCUGCAUACUCAGUACGCCUCUCCCUGCAUACUCAGUACGCCUCUCCCUGCAUACUCAGUCAUUCUGCUGCUAG